UUCACGAUUAGCGGACGAUUGAUAGCUUCGGAUUGUUGCGUCGAAAAGGAAGAAAGCGGCGGAAGUGCUCUCUCUUCCUUUACCUUUCUCGAGGUAGAUCGUUUCAUUUCGCGAGUUGGAUUCGAAUGAUUGGGAGGCUACCGUGCAUCUUCCGGCUUCCAAUUCACCUCCGACCUCGCUUCCUCCAACCAAGGCUGCAUCUUUUGGGGGGUGUCUGCGACCAAUUUCUGACUUUUGGGGGUUUCUGCAACCGACCACGAGUUUCGUCGAUGGAUGCUCUUCCUCAGAAGCACGAGGCGGCGUCGGCGGCGCGUUCCUGCGGCCCCAACUGGUUCGUCGCUCGGGAAGGCGGCGGUUGCGAGGGGUGGAGUUGGACGGCGGAGGAGAACAAGCGAUUCGAGGAAGCGCUGGCAAAGUUCGACGGCGAGGCUCCGGACCGCUGGGCCAAGGUGGCGGCUUCGAUCCCCGGGAAGACCGUCGGCGACGUCAUAUACCAUCACCGGGAGUUGGUGUUCGACGUGAUCCAGAUCGAAGCCGGCCGCGUCCCCUGCGCCGCCUACGGCUUUCCUCCAUCUCUUACCUUGGACUCCGAAGGACGUAGGCGCGUAAAGCGAUCGGGUGGGCGGUCAUCCGAUCACGAGAGGAAGAAGGGAGUCCCGUGGACGGAAGAGGAGCACAGGUUAUUUUUGCUAGGUCUGAACAAGUACGGCAGAGGAGAUUGGAAGAACAUAUCGCGGAACUCGGUGAUCACCAGGACCCCUACUCAGGUGGCCAGCCACGCGCAGAAGUACUUCCUCAGGCUCAACUCCGGCAGCAAGGACAAGAGAAGGUCCAGCAUCCACGACAUCACUACGGUUGAUUUGCCGGAUAACGAGCCCACCCCCUCUCCAUCACGUUUAACAGCGAUGCCGGCGUUGCCAGGCCACUCACCUAUUCAUCCUGCUCUGUUCUUCAAUUCGUUGCAGUCGCCGACUGGAUGAAGGCGAAUGAAUUAGACCGAGAUUGUUCAUCACUUCAUGCUCGAUUUGACUUUGUCCUGAUGAAAGCAUGCAGAGCGAGUUGAUCUAUGAUUUGUGAAAGUGACGGUCAAAAUGCCACUUGCUCAGCAUCGAAUUCCUUAGUCCUCUCUGCUGUAGGUGGAGGAAAUAAACAAGGGAAGCCAAAGUUGUUCUAUUGUGUCGUUAUCGCAAUCUUUAGCGUUCCAUGCAUGCAAAUCCUUUUGGGUGUGCUCAACGAAACUUGAAGUGUAAACUACAAUUUCAUAAACAUAGUAAAUUAAAUAUUAGCGCAGUGGGAUUUUUUUUCUGACAAUGGAACUUUCCUGAAAUGGCUGUGCAGUUCCUGAAAAAUCUACGCUAGGCCUUGUUAAACCUGAUAAGCUGCCGAUAUCAAUUUCAUUCGGAACGGGAUCAUCAGCAAAAGGCGAUGUUGAAAUAAGCACAACUAAUAUUAAAAUGUAUGUUAAAAAUGUAAAUGAAAAAUGAAUGGAAAAAGAUUUUAUUGUGGAUAA